AUGUACCAAAGAUCGAGAAAUAAGUUAGCUAUUUCCAACACAUUGGUGUUGUUCUGCACCAUGGUACUUCUAAUUGCGCUACUCUCCACAGGUGGAGAAAGUACUUAUAGUACUAUGUACUGGUCUAAAUUUAGAUACUAUGAUUCCUAUCAACUUUAUAAAAAUGGACAAAAAAUAGUAUGGGAUGUAGAAUGGUGGACAAACUAUGCGGCGUGCGAUAAGUACUACCAUUCUGGAAACGAUCCUAGGUUAGAAUGUUCAGAGUUUGUUUUUGGAUAUUAUCAGCCAAAUGGUGAGGAUAAAUUGCUUAAAAAUUUAUCAAUUGCUGGGCUCUCGAUGUUAUUUGGUUCGUUAGCAUUUUCGCUUAUGUCGUUUAUUCCAUCAGUUGUUUUCCUUUUCAAGUCAAAUACCUUUAGUGAUUUAUGUUAUUUUCUUAUUAUUGUAAUCAUUGGUUUCGUGACUACUUUUGCUGGAGUUCUAGUCAUGACCAUCACUCACAAAAUAGGAAUAAAUAAUAUUCAGAGUCUGGGACUGGGAACUGGAAAAUUAGGUCCGAGUUUUGCUUUAGCGUGGUUGUCUGUGUGCUUAUAUCUUAUAUCGAUGAUACUAACAGUGAUCAUAUUUCGAACUCGUGGAAAGAGAAAACUUUAUCAGGAGAGCAUAAGUGACAAGGGUAAUGAGAGUGAUGAGGCGUAUGAGUUAAAAUCGAUAAAAUAUUAA